AUGUGGCUCAUCAACACCAAGAGCCUGGCUCUAGUAAAAGUGUCGGAACCCUCAUCGACCAAAUAUGCCAUCCUCUCACAUACCUGGGAAGGCGACGAGAUUACAUUUCAAGAAUUCCGUGACCUUGAACCGCAAGAAGCAAGACAGAAGGUCGGGUAUACGAAGAUCGUCAAGACCUGUGAGCUUGCGCAAGAACGGGGCCUUGAUUUUGCCUGGGUCGAUACCUGCUGCAUUGAUAAGUCGAACAGUGCGGAACUCAACGAAGCCAUCAAUUCAAUGUUCGCAUGGUAUAAGAAUUCCACUGUUUGUUUCGUACAUUUAUCCGAUUUAAAGACCCCAGAAGACCAUUUGCUGCCGCGACUACUUUCAACGAAAGAAACAGGCCUCGAACACAGUUUCCCCUGCAGUCAGAGUAACUUUGGUGCAUGUCGAUGGUUUACCCGAGGAUGGACAUUGCAAGAGCUUAUAGCCCCCGAUCACGUGGAGUUCUUUGAUUCUCAAUGGACGCAGUUCUCUCAAAAGAAGGAUUGCGUCGACAUUCUAGCCGAAAUUACUGGUAUAAGCCAAUCAGUCUUGGAGUCCUCUUCCAACUUGCGGCAAAUACCAAUCGCAGUGAAGAUGUCAUGGGCGGCACAUCGGGAAACCAAACACGUCGAGGAUCGCGCAUACUCUCUUCUCGGUAUUUUUGAUAUCAAUAUGCCCAUCAUGUAUGGAGAAGGACCUGGGGCUUUUCGUCGCCUCCAGGAGGAGAUUUCCAAGGAGUCAAACGACUUGUCCCUGUUCGCGUGGAGGAGCCCAUUGCCAAGCAGUGAAGGAUCUCAGGUGUUUAGGGGUAUCUUUGCGAGAUCCCCAAGUGAGUUCAGCAACUGCUCACAAAUGCAGAGCCCUACAGAUGGUCUGAAACCUGGUGGAAAUUUUGUUUUGACGAGCAAAGGUGUCAGGUUUGACGCAGAGCUUUAUCAGCAUACAAAAUCCACUUACACUCUGUACCUGGGGCUUACCAUGGGAGGCAAAACACCCGUCUGCAUCUUCCUCUCUCGUAUGGGGGAUAUGUAUGUCCGUACUGAGCCCUGGCUGCUGGAGUACGACCGGAACGUCGACGAACUUGAAAAGAUGUUUACAGUCCAUGUUCAAAAGGAUGUAAGCUCAGAAGACGAUGUGGUGCUUCGGAAAAAUAUCCGCAGGUGCUUUCAUGUCGACAUUGACCGGCCAAAAUCUAUCUACAUUGAGCACAUUGAACCGAAUCCUGAGCAUCUGUGGGAUGCGGUCAAUUGGACAUUCCUCAGCAGCGACUCUGACAAGUCAUUCGCCCACAGACUUACUCUUUUUGUCCGCUGCGUUCGCGGAGGGCUGAACAAGACUUUCCCAUUGACUCUCAUGGUGGGAUGGUCUAGAUUACGCCAACAGCCUUUUGCUGUGCUUUACGAUGCUAGAAUGGCAACAGACACAGACACGGAUCUGUCGAUUGCGCACACACUCCCACAUAACUUCCCCGAGCUUCUAGACCUUUUGGAUAACGAUACCAAAUGGGAUCGCUCACACGAAGUCAAGUUUGAAAAUGCUUUGUCGAGAGUUUUACCGAGCAAGGAAUUUCAGUCCACGGAGGUACAGCUUCUACACAAGAAGCCAAUGCUCCAGCAGCCUGGUAAAUACAGGGUUACUCCCUAUGUGGCCACAUUAAAUAUAGAGCUGAAGACGCAGCAGACGUGGGGCGAUAAGAGUACUGUGACGUAUAGUGCCUGUCUGUCUGGUGAGCUGUCACAGACGGAAGCGAGCAAAAUCGUGUAG